AUGCGAGUAGCAGUGAUUGGAGCUGGUGCCAGUGGUUUACCAGCUAUUAAAAGUGCCGUAGAAGAUGGUUGUGAGGUAGUUUGCUAUGAAAUGUCAAACGAUAUUGGUGGAUUGUGGAGGUACAAGCCAGAUGCUUGUCCGGGCGAAGGAACUGUAAUGAAAACUACAGUAAUCAAUACAUCGAAGGAAAUGACUGCAUAUAGUGAUUUUCCACCACCAAAAGAUGCAGCAAACUUUAUGCACAAUACAGAAUUAUUGGAGUACUUUAGGUCAUAUGCUAAACAGUUUGAUUUGGAAAAGUAUAUACGAUUUUCGCAUAAAGUAAAAUCGAUCAAAAGAAAUAGUCGUUUUUCUGAAACAGGUCAAUGGGACAUUGAAUGGCUCGAUCUCAAAACAAAUAACACUUCCAUUGAAACAUUCGAUGGAGUGAUGGUAUGUACUGGUCAUCACACUGAUCCCUAUUGGCCUGCUCCAUUUCCUGGACAAAAAUUAUUUAAAGGGAACAUUGUCCAUAGUCAUGACUAUAAGGAUCACAGAGGUUAUGAGGAUCAAACAGUGGUUGUAAUCGGAAUUGGUAACAGCGGUGCUGAUAUUGCCGUGGAAUUGAGCAAAAUUAGCAAGAAAGUGUAUCUAGCUACUAGAUCUGGAUCAUGGGUAAUGAAUCGAGUAUGGGACGGUGGAGAACCAGCCGACUUGGCCUACCUCAGCAGGUUCAUGUUCAUGUUGAAGGCAUUGGCACCAUUUGCAGCGCAAAAUUUUGUGCUGGAGAGGAAGUUGAACAAGAGGUUCGACCACGGCCGAUUUGGUCUCAUGCCAAAACAUCGUGUAUUAGCUGCACACGUGACCAUCAAUGAUGAAUUACCAAAUCGUAUUAUUUCUGGAACUGUGGUGAUUAAACCAAAUAUUGGCUCAUUCACUGAAGAUGGAGUAAUUUUUGAGGAUGGAACUGAAAUUCCCAAAGUCGACACAGUCAUAUUCGCUACUGGAUUUUCUUUUGGAUUCCCUCUUAUAGAAGAAGGACAGCUUAUUCCUGUCAAGGAAAAUCGUGUUGAUCUCUACAAAUAUAUGUAUCCAGCACAAUUAUCUCCGAAGAAUUCUCUUGCUGUUAUUGGACUUAUCCAGCCAACGGGAUCUAUAAUGCCGAUAUCUGAAAUGCAGACAAGAGUAUUUAUAGCUGCUCUUAAUGGUAAAAUCAAAUUGCCAUCCAAGGAAAAAAUGGAGAGAGAUAUUAAGCGCAAGCAUGAAAAUAUUGCGAAACAAUUCAUUGUUAGUAGGAGACAUACAAUUCAGGUUUACUAUGUAGAAAUCAUGGAUGAACUAGCCAAACUUCUUGGAUGUCGACCAGCAGUACUCAGUCGUUUCUUUUAUGAUCCACUCUUAGCUAAGUCCUUGUUUUUCCACGGACUUGUUCCAUACCAAUAUAGAUUACAGGGACCUCAUGCUUGGUCCGGCGCUCGCGAGGCUAUAGUCACUUUUGAGGAUCGUGUGUUCAACACAACUCGAACACGAAAAACUAAAGAAACCAUGAGCACGGAUUGUGCGCCACAUUGGCAAAAGCGUUGUGAGCAGUGGGUUGGGUUUCGGUUCCUCGGAAAUCCCACCUUUUUGCAAUACUUACACGUGCCCAGCAUCGCCCAUUUGGUGACAUUCCGUGGACCGAAGUUCCGUACCGUGGACCGACGUUCCGUACCGUGGACCGAAGUUCCGUACCGUGGACCGAAGUUCCGUACCGUGGACCGAAGUUCCGUACCGUGGACCGAAGUUCCGUACCGUGGACCGAAGUUCCGUACCGUGGACCGAAGUUCCGUACCGUGGACCGAAGUUCCGUACCGUGGACCGAAGUUCCGUACCGUGGACCGAAGUUCCGUACCGUGGACCGAAGUUCCGUACCGUGGACCGAAGUUCCGUACCGUGGACCGAAGUUCCGUACCGUGGACCGACGUUCCGUACCGUGGACCGACGUUCCGUACCGUGGACCGACGUUCCGUACCGUGGACCGACGUUCCGUACCGUGGACCGAUGCUUCGUACCGUGGACCGAUGCUUCGUACCGUGGACCGAUGCUUCGUACCGUGGACCGACGUUCCGUACCGUGGACCGAUGCUUCGUACCGUGGACCGAUGCUUCGUACCGUGGACCGAUGCUUCGUACCGUGGACCGAUGCUUCGUACCGUGGACCGAUGCUUCGUACCGUGGACCGAUGCUUCGUACCGUGGACCGAUGUUCCGUACCGUGGACCGAUGCUCCGUACCGUGGACCGACGUUCCGUACCGUGGACCGAUGCUUCGUACCGUGGACCGAUGCUUCGUACCGUGGACCGAAGUUCCGUACCGUGGACCGACGUUCCGUACCGUGGACCGACGCUCCGUACCGCCAUACCGCCCGUGUGGUGGCCUGCCGCGGACCGUAA